AUGAAGCUAUCCAUCACCGCUCCCGUUGCGGCUCUCUUUGCUGCAGCGGUUUCUGCUCAUGGUGGUGUUCUGUCUUACGACAUUGGCGGUACUACGUACAAAGGUUUCGUGCCAUACAACUCCGCUGCUGGUCAAUCUACCCUCCAACGAGAAUGGGACAGCUACAACCCAAUCCAAGAUCCCACUCUGGCUAGCAUGGCAUGCAACUCCGCUGGCACCCCAGGUGCCUUGACCGCCACCGUCGCAGCUGGCUCAACCAUAGUCGCCUACUGGAAUAACCCAUGGCCACACACAAUCGGCCCCAUGGUAGUAUGGAUGGCAAACUGCGGUGGAGACUGCAAGACCUUCGAGCCCACUGGCAACGUUUGGUUCAAGAUCAAUCAAGCUGGACUAAUCUCCGGCACUCUUUCCACCGGGCUCUGGGGCUCAGGACAGAUGGUCGCCCAGAACAGUUCUUGGACUGUCACUAUUCCCAAGAGUUUGGCGCCUGGUAACUACCUGAUUCGCCAUGAGACGAUUGCAAUUCAUACCGCCAAUGCUCCGCAGUGGUAUCCAGAGUGCGCUCAACUUGUUCUGACGGGUUCGGGUACAGGGGUACCGGGUGCGAGUUACUUGGCUGCGAUUCCGGGUGUGUAUCAAAUGAGAGAUCCCGAGGUCGAUAUCGAUGUUUAUUCGGCUGCCAACCAGGGUGUGACGAACUACACUAUUCCAGGUCCUGCUGUUUGGACUGGGUAG